CGUUCAGCAGUAAGCUCACGUCAUUUUAAGACAAGUUUAACACACGUUGUGUAUUCUAUUACAUUUGUUGUUUGGAUGCUGGAUGUUGUUACCGUACACUCGAGUUGAGUUUCAACAACGUAGUGACAAAAAAUAUUCGUUUCCGUGUUCUUGAGACCUGGUAUUAUUUACUAUGGAACGACCAAAACCACCAGUCAAAAGAAAAUUAUCUUCUACCAAGACAAUGACGAAAAAGGACACGUUUGUGGAAGAGUGACAAAUCUCAGUGACUUUUGAUUAUUUUUUAAAACAAUAUCUAUCGUGGUGUUGGAUUUAUUGAAGUGACAUUACUGAAUAUUAAUCUAGAUUCAUCAUGUUGGUUUAGUGGUGUACAUUUAAGAAGUGAAAUAAAAAAAGUGUAACUAAGUAUAAGAGAAUAAAUAAUAAUUCUCAUUAAGACUGACAGACAUUCUGUAAUUUUGUCUUGAAAAAACUCUUUCAUGUUAAAAAAACAAACAUCACAAAUUAUUCUAAUCAUAAGACUGACUCUACGACGCCAAAAUAACGUGCCAAAGGAGGUUUCAGUACAACGUAGUCAGUAUUAAGAGAGUAGUAUAUAUCGUUAAAUUGUUGAGAAUUAUCAAUAAUAGUUUCAAACACUCAUAAAGGAUAUUAUUAGUUUUAUAAACGUGAGAUCUAUAUUAACUGUUAUAAAUAUUAAAAAUGUUCUUUGGUGGUAAUACAUCGUAUUAUGGACGAAAUAGUCCACAGUCUCCAGCAAAAUCUCCUGGACGAGGCAAGAUUUGCAGUCCAUUCAGAAACACUCAGAUGCCAUUGCAAGAAAUCACGAUGAAUCAGACACGUCUGGGCAAUGGCACCAGCACAAGGUCUCCAGGAAAGGUUCUUCCUGCUGGAGCAAUGACCAUGAAAGACUAUGAGGAACAUUUGGAAGCUUUAAAAAGUGAAAAUUUCCAACUUAAAUUAAGGGUAUUUUUUCUGGAAGAAAGGAUGGGAAUAAUUAGUACAGGUGCAGCUGAUGAAGAUCCAGUUAGAAAAAAUAUCAAAUUGAAGGUUGAAAUUGAGGCUUUGAAGAAAGAGUUGAUAGAAAAACAGAAGCUUUUGAGUCAAGCAGCGAAGGCGUUUGAAUUAUAUGAAGAACAGAAAGAAGUAACGAAACGUAAUGAAGCUCAGUAUGAAGAAUCAUUGGAGAAUAGACGACUACGUAUAAUUGAGCUUGAAAAAGAAUUAGAAGAAUAUCGAGAAAAAUUAUCUGAUACGUCGAUAUAUUACCAAGAAGCUUUUGGAAUUUCACCAGAAAUCGCUUUGGAAAAUAAAGAAAAACUAAAUCAAAUGGAAGAAUUGGUGAGAUCUCUUGAAAUGCAGGUAGAACAGUUAAAGUCGAGUUUGGACGAAGAACGAACAUGGGGUCAAGAAAUGGAAACUGAAAGAGACGAGUUAAGAGCUCGUUUAGAAGAAGAAACUCAAGUCCGAGAAAAAUUAAUCAUGGAUAAAGAUCUAGAUAUCGAAACUUUGAGAGCGAAAGUUAAAGAAUUAGAGGAAGAAGCGUUCAGACGUGAAAGUGUAACACAACAAUACAAGACAGAGCUUGCGGAAAAAGAUCGAAUUAUCAAGGAAAAAAUCUCAUUGUUAGAAGAGAAGUGUCGUGCAUGUGAAGAAUUGAAUGUUGUUGCUGAGAAGAGAAAGAAACAAGUCGAUCAAUUAAGAUUAUCGGUUAAAUCUCGGGAUGAAGCCUUGGCAGAUACGAAUAAUAAAUAUCGCACGCUUCUUAAUCAGUUUGAAAAUAAUAGACGUUUCUCACCACCAAGCAGUCCGUCCACCUUAGAUGAUUCUCAAUCAAUCAGGUCAAAUUUAAAAUCAGGACCAAUAGGUUCUCCAUCACGUGUAUUGAUGAGUUCAUUUGAUUGGGACAGUAAAAAAGACAAAGCAAUUUCUACAACACCAACGCCAUCAGUUAUGUUUGAUAACAGCAAAGAAAUAAAUGAUUUAAAGAGGCAACUAGAAGAGAAAGAUCAAGAAUUGGAGAAACAAAAUGAGGAAAAGAAACGGUUAAUUCUCAAGUUAUGUAAUGUUCAACAAUCAGCAGAGCAUACAGAAAAUGAAUUAAACCAGCUUAAACCUCGACAUGAACAGGCAUUGAAAAUGAUACAAAGAUUCUGUUUACAACAGAAAAAACUUGAUGAAAAACUCUUGAGGAAAGAACAAAAAAAAGCAGAGAUGCAACAAGGUUUAAAAAAACCAGCCGAAACUUUCAAAUUAAAAAGAAACGAUGGAUUACAAAAAAAUAUUGAUAUCGAAACGUCUGAUGGUUCCGAUGAACAAAUGACCCAGCAACGUUUCGAGGAAUUGGAAGCAAAGAUUAACGAUCUAAGAGAUGAAAUUACUAGUAUCAAGGCUGAAAAAGUUAAGCUGAAGCAUCAAGUACAAGAAGAAUCAAAGGAUCUCCAAAAUCAGCUCGAGUCUACGCAAAAAGAAAUCAAUAAUCUGGAUACAGAGAAAAAUAAAAUGGAUUCAUACUGGUCCGAUUCCGAUGUACCUCCGGCACCAUCUCCAAAACCAUCUUUACCCAUCAACGAAGAAAUAGAUCCUAUAAAUGAUUCACCACACACACAAAUUGACAAGUUAAAAAUGAAAUUGUUUAUCAAAGAUACAGAAACUAAACAAUUGAAUAAGAAAAUUGAAGAAUUGACCAAAGAUCUUCAAGUAAAGACUCAGAAUUUACAGAAAUUAGUUAAUACUGAACUUUGGAGCAAAAAUAAAGAAAUUGCAAAACUCCACAAUCACAUGACUGCAAAUCAAAGUUACGAUAAAAAUCGUAGUAAAUCUGAUCAAGAAAAUGCAUAUCAUUUGAAUAUUUUACUUAAAGAAUUAAAUGAAUGUGGAGUUCAAGUUGAAUUUAAUGAAGAAGCUGUCCAUAUUAAUUUCUUGAAAGAUGGCCAUUCUGGUAAUGUUAAAACAAUGAUUGCUUAUAUUGAAAAAUUGAAUGAAGAAAAAACAAAACUUCAAAGUGAAGUAGAUUCUUUAACUUGGUUCACGAUGGUAUCUAAAGCAGAUUCAAAACUCGAGAUUGGUGAUGAAAUUGAGUCAAGAAAUCCUACAACAUAUUGUGAAUUAUUAAGAACGCACUUAAUAGGGCUUAUUAAGUUUAUGAAAGCAACUUUGUCAUCUCCCGAUUAUCCAGAAGACAGUGAACAAAGGAAAAUCAUUCUUGAAUUUUUAGCAAACACAAAACCAUUCUCUGAAAACUUAGUUCAAGCUGUGAAAAAUAGUCCAAUUGCGAUCAAUAAUGAAAACGAUCAGGUGAAUCAUGUCGAUGAUCAAGAUCAAGGUUUCAGAGAAUCACAAUCUGAUUCUGAAACAUACUCUGAGCCUGACAGAAGCGUUUCAAAAGCUAGAAUGGGUUUGAAGAUCAAUGAUCAAUGCCGAUGUCGAGUAAUAACUAGACAUACUAAAACGAAUAAAAACUUAAGUGAUUCAGAAGAUUCUCUUGAUUAUAUUCCCUUUUAUUCAACAUCACAACAUGAUUUAAUAGAUAAUGAAGUUUCUAAAGCUGUCGAAACACUCCGAGAUCUAUGUCAUAUUCUUUGUACAGAUUUUGAUUCUUUACGUAAUGAGUUAGUGAAAAAAUGUCAGCUCGAUGAUGUAUUAGAAGAAAAACUAUUGCCAGCGAUUUUCAAUAAAUUAGAAAAGUCAGUAGAGCUGUGUGACAAAGUAAAAGUUCUUUUCGAGAAGAAAAUUCAUGAAUAUCAUGAUUUGAUGAAAUCGAAACAACAUGAAGUUAAAAAAUUGGAAGACGAUACGCAAAGAUUUUCACAAUUGAAUCAUUCAACGACAACGGCCAUUAUCAAACAUCAUCAUCAAAAUGAUAACCCUUCGCAAAUAGUAUAUAACUGUCGCGAAGAAAUUGAAGAAUUGAAAACUCAAAUACAGAAAUUGAAACAACAAAAUGAUGAAGCUUCUGAAAGUAUUGCUAAGCUUACCAAGGACUUAGAUCGUUUGACACUAGCUCACAGUCAAGUUCUUGUGGACAACACAAAGUUGACUAAUGAAAAAUUGAAAUUGGAACAAGAAUUAAGAAAAUCCGUAAAUCGAUAUGAAAGUACUGUGCGUUCUAUUCGUGAAAAAUUCAAUAAAGAAGUCGCUGAAUUGAAUCAAAUGAAUGGUUCUCAUAGAACAAGAAUGCAAGAUUUAGAAGCAACUAAUAAAGAAUUGAGAAGGAGAGUUUUGUGUGAAACAAGCGACUCAGCACCAAGUUCUAGUGGAGUUUCGUCGAUUCCUACUGAGAUUAAUAAACCUUGCGAUGAUAUAUUGCAAGAAUUCCAUUCUUAUAAUAGUUCUCAGUAUUGGCUACCUACUAGUUAUCCAUCCUCAUCUGGAAGAAGUAAAUCCAGCUGUUCACCAGACCUUGGUAUUGAAAGUGAUGCUGCUGCGUCAACAAGGCCUUUGAAAGAUACUCUCAAGAUCACUGAAUCGAUGACAAAUUUAUUAAGCGAUGAAGAAAAUUGCAACACUAAUGCAUUAAGAGAUCUAGACAGAGAAAGUCCGCUACAAAUGGAAGGUGGACAUAAUUAUAGUCUAGAUGAAGUCGAGGCAUUGAAACAAGAGAAUGAAGCACUAAAGAAGAGAUUACUGAAAACAAGGAAGGCUCUUGAAGAUACAUUUAAGCAUCUUUCUGCGUCAAACAGAAAUAAGAAAAAUGUUGAGAAAGCAAUUACUAAGCAAUUAAUGAUUACGAAAAGUAUUUUAAACAAAACGAGAACGUAUGAAGACCAAUUAGAUAACUGACAUAUAAAAAAUCAAAAUAUAAAGUUAGAGUAAAGCACUAAAAUGAAGUACAAGUCCACAAGUUUUCUUGUACGAUUUAAUGUUAGACAAACUUUUUUCGUGAACAAUCUGUUUUAUUAUUCAUCGCGUUGCUUUUUUAUUUGAUUUUUUUGCGGUUCACUCUUAGAUCCGAUCGACUGAUUGAAUCAUUGGUACUUAAGUUUAUCAAUAAAGUAAUUGUUAUGACAGACAAUAUGAAAUAAUAAAUAUUUUCAUACUGAUAUGAAUACGAUUUUUUAAAAAAAUGAUGAAUGUUAAAAAACCAAAAAAAACUAAUGUUAAAAUACUCAGUUAUUCGCAAAAUUGUUAAGCAUCUUUAGAAUAGUUCUUGUAAAUACUUAAAAGGUAAGAAACGCGAACAUCUGACAUUUUUUUUAUACGUAGAAUUUACUGAUGAAUCAUUUCACGUAAUUGGAAUAAGGGCAAUAUUGAUAAAUUAUGUAAGUGUAUAUAACAUUUAUAAUCAACGAAUCACAAUUGAACAUCUGUAUAUAAAACAUGAAAAUAAAGUGCCAUUAAUAUUUACAAUAAAA